AUGGAGAGCUCCGGCAGCCCUGCGCUGACGCUGGUAGUGGAGAAUGGGCCGCGGAAGGGGGAGAUCGUCGAGUGCCUGCCGGGGAGCCGCGUGAGGAUAGGGAGAAUCGUCAGGGGGAACACCUUCACCAUCAAGGAUCCGAGCAUCUCCCAGUCGCACGUCUCCAUCGAGUGCGCCGGCGGCGGCGGGGGGUGGACGGUCGCCGACCUCGACAGUUCCAACGGCACCUUCCUCAACGGCGUCCAGAUCCAGCCAUUCGUCCCCGCCGAGCUCCGCGGCGGCGACGCAAUCAAGAUCGGGGAGCAUACGACGAUCCACGUCAAGAUCGGUGAGGCGCAACGGAGGAGCCCUAAGCGGGGAGGCGGCGCCGCCGGCACGUCGGACGCGCCGUUGGAGAAACCCGCCGGACGCGGAAGGGGAAGGCCGAGGAGGGCGUGCGUCGCCGCUAGGGUUCCGGACGCCCCGAGCCUCGAGCCUGUGGAUCCCGACGGAGAUGGAGGAAAAUCCAACGUCAGGGGGGGAAGGAGGAAGGCCGGCGCGAGCGCCUCCAGAAGAGGAAGACCUCCGAGGAACCCCGCUACUAGGGUUUUGAAUCCCGUCCCCGAGGAGCCUGAGGUCGAGGAGGCUAAGGAUUCCUCUCCUGUCGAGAGAAUCAAAGCCUCGAGAGCGGGUGGCAGGAGUGGCACUGCGUCCCUCGCAGGCGUCAAAGUGGAGCCUGCUGCGGAGAUGGCGGGGGGAAACCCUAGCGUGGACAUGGAGAGGAUGACGCUGGAGGAGUGGUUCCACAGGAUGGAGAACCACUUGCCCAAGGUCAUCCACGGGGUCGCCGAGCAGGUCAUCGCAGAUAUCAGAGCCAAAGCCGAGAUGUUCAAGGACUACGUCGAGCACAGCUCGAGCACCCAGCAUCGAAUCCCAGCGGAAGGAUAG